AUUUUCUCUACCUAGCACUUGUCCCACUUAUUCAAGAGGGAUCUUUAUCCACCGCCAGCGAUUUCAACACAGGAUGCGAGUGCGGAAUGGGGGCGGGCAGGGGCGCCCAAACCCAAGAGCCCAGUGGUCCAAUUAAUUUUGUGAAUAUGCAAAGCCUACUUCUGCAACGAUCCAGGAUUGUGAACGGUUUCGAGCCUCAACGUCGGCCGUGGAUGGCGCUAAUCGAAAUCCACAAGAGCAUUCCCAGGAAGGGUGUCAAACAAAACGAUAAUCCCACUUGUGGGGGAGUUCUCGUGAAUAAGUUAUGGGUGAUUACCGCCGCUCAUUGCUUCUGUGUUUCUCCAUUGGGUUGCAAAGGACGUCCCUCAAAACCGAACUUCCACUUGGCCCGAGUCACCGUGUUUCUUGGCCAGCACGAUAUCGCUCGUCGAUAUCGCUUCAGAAGAAACAUCUACAAGCCCGAAGAAAUCCUUAUCCACCCAAAAUAUGCCCGAAAUGUUCGAGAUCAGCACGAUAUUGCCUUGGUUAAACUCAGAAGGGAGGUCCGGUUCAAUCGCCUCCAAAUGCCGAUCUGUCUGCCCCCAACGGCCAAAUUCCAAGACACCAAUUUAACAGCUUACGUCUCUGGUUGGGGAUUGUUGUCCCAAGAGAAUUGUUCCACAUCCGACCAAGGGCCCAGCCCUCAUCUCUCGUGUCAAUUUCCAUUCCGGUGGCAAGGCCAAAAGGUCAGAGGCUGCAGUUUCACACCCACUCCGACUUCCAACAGUGAGGAGUGCGGACGUUUCAAGAAAGAGGUCAACAGUAUGAAGGACGUGACAUAUAGCACUGAGAUUUAUGACGGAGUCAUGCUUCUGGACGAGAAAGGUUUUCCAACGACCACGUGCUUCAAAGAAGACCCAGGAAAUUUUGGUUGGUGUGGAACUACGGAUUCGCCUAAUGAGACUUCGAAUUGGGGUUGGUGUAACGCUUUCUGUCGACAAGGAGCACAAAAAGGUCAUCGUCACACUUCCAUCUUGCAAGAAACUCAAUUGUCAACCCUGAGCAAGACACAGUGCCGGAAAUUUGGCCAAGAAAUGAAGAUUAAUCCCCUUGUCGAGUUGUGUGCGGGAAAAAUCCAGAGGCCAAAAGUCAAGAAGUUAUUCAAGCUCGGUUCAGGAGGAAGGUACGAAGAGCUCGAACUUGACAUGAACAGGAACACUGACAAUGAAGAAUUCUACAUCGGCGGAAGUGACAGUUGCAAAGGAGACAGUGGAGGGCCCUUGUUCAUUUGGCAAGCCAACAAGGCCUAUCUCAUUGGUGUUGUAAGCCGUGGAAAAGGCUGUGCGGGCUUCAAUCGACCGGGAAUUUACACAAGAAUCACGAAGAAGCUCAAGUGGAUUCGAAAGUAUACACAGUCUGGGAAUUGCUCAUAAAUCAAUGCAAAUCCGUCAAAGGCGAGAUCCCAAACGGCCAGUUAAUCCUAUCUUACGCGCGUUAAAACGAUUAAGACACUUUCAAGUAUCAACAUUUUUGCACACUUUAGCACGCUUGCAACUUUUUUUGCCUCGCACGAAUUACCUGAGGCUUGAACAUAGAAUUGACAAAGAAUAGAUGUGUCGGAAUGUCGAA